UACUCCUCCUCCUCCUCGUCUCGUCCCAGUCCCUGCCUUCUCUCCCAGUGUCGUUCUCAGCCUCUCAGGCCACCGCCACCCGCUGUCCUCUCUCCCGUAGUUCGUUCGUGCGUCCACACUCGCCCCGCUCCUCCGUGUCCAUCUCCUCUCUCUCGGCGACAUGGCGAAGGUCGCUGCCAUGGCCAUGGAGAAGGUGGACGCCAAGGACCGGGAGAAGAUCGAGGCCGUCCGCAAGGUGAUGCGCAAGCAGGCGCCGCUCUCCCCCAAGCAGGCGGAGUACUGCAACGACGCGUGCGUGGAGCGGUUCCUCCGGGCCAAGGGCGACAACGUGAAGAAGGCGGCCAAGACCCUGCGGGCCGUCCUCUCCUGGAGGGAGACCAUCGGAGCAGAUCACAUCAUCGCCGACGAGUUCUCCGGCGAGCUGUCCGAAGGCAUGGCCUACGUCGCCGGGCACGACGACGAGAACCGCCCCGUCCUGAUGUUCAAAAUCAAGCAGGAUGACUACCCCAAGUACCAGCCUCAGAAAUCGUUUGUGCGGUUCCUGGUGUUCACGCUGGAGGUGGCGGUGGCGUCCAUGAACCGCUUCGUGGACCAGUUCGUGCUCCUCUUCGACGCAAGCUUUUUCCGGUCGGCGUCGGCUUUCCUCAACCUCCUCAUGGGCACGCUCAAGAUCGUCGCCGACUACUACCCCGGUCGCCUCCACCGCGCCUUCGUCAUCGACCCGCCCUCCCUCUUCUCCGUCAUGUGGAAGGGAGUGCGGCCGUUCGUGGACCUGGCGCCGGCGACGGCGGUGGUGAGCUCGCUGGACUUCGAGGACUCGCUGGAGGACGCGUCCUUCACGGCCUACCCGCGGACGGCGUCGCUGCGCUUCGAGCCGUCCGUGGCGGCCGUGCUGACGACGGGGAAGGGAGGAACCGCCGUGGGCUCCGCCUCGUCGCGCUUCGCCUUCAGCGUGUCGGACAACGCGCUCAAGCCGUGGUACCUCUCCACCACGCCGGCGCCGGGCCCGCGCUCCGUCGUGCCGGCCUCCUCCAGCCCGUCCCUCGUCGGCGCGUCCCCGCUCUCCGCGCGCUCCUUCUCCUUCGCCUCGCCCGCCGCGCGCUCCACGCCGACACCCGUCCAGCAGCAGCGCACCGCCCGCGCGCCGCCGACGCCGUCCGCCGCCAAGGGAGGGCAGAAGACCCCCUCCCCUCUGCCGCAGCAGCAGCAGUUCCCGCGGACGCCGAGGCCGUCGUUCCUGCAGUCGCCGUUCACGUUCCGCAAGGACGGGCAGGCCAGCCGGGUGGAGCGCGAGCGCGAGUCCUUCCUGCCCUUCCUGCGCUUCUACCGCCGGCCCUACGACGAGAUAACCUACCGCGCCAUGAUGCGGCGGCCGCUCGGCGGGCUGAUAGCCAUCGUCGCCGAGGACUUCAGGCCCAUGUCCGCCCAGCAGCCGCUGCGCCGGCACGCCGGAGCGCUCCAUCACCAGCACCACCACCAUCAGCACCAGCACCAGCACCAGAGGAUCUGAGCCCGUGCGCUGCCCGCCGGAUUGAAGAUUGAACAACCCCAGCGAUCGAGCGUCUUCGAUCUCCAUACAGCUUACAACAUAAUCCGAUGCUACAUCAUCUUGCUAAGUCAAUAAUCUUUUGGCAACAUUUUCCCCCGGGUACUUAGUAUUUACUCCUACCGACCGCCUAUGAUAUCAUACCUUCUGAAUCGAGCCAUUGUAAGAUAACAGCCCUGAAAUUGUGAGUAAAAUCGAUCCCUUUAUGCUCC